GUUUGCCUCUCUGUGCGGGAGAAACGAUGGCACUGUUCAUGGAAUUGGAGUUUCCUUUGAUCAAGCAGAAACAGCAAAAGGACCUGGUGGAUUUGAAGAUGUUGCUUGGAGACCAGGAGGCCUGUAAAGAUGGUCAGAGUGAGAGCACCGUGUCCUCUCAGGAGCCGGAUAGAUACACGGCUUUGAUGGAGGGCCAGAGGAAAAGGAAGAGGACCAUCUUUAGCCGAGCCCAGUUGUCUGAGCUGGAGCAGGCCUUUGCAGUGACUCCGUACCCGGACAUCACCCUCAGGGAGAGGCUGGCUGCACACACACACCUGCCUGAGAGUAAGAUACAGGUUUGGUUCCAAAACAGAAGAGCUAGAAGUAUUAAAACAGGCAGACUCAGCAGGCCCACCAAGUCUAACGGAGGAGGUCGAGGUUUUCUGGAGCCCUCUUCUGGACACGGGACCUCCUCUUACCCAACUACAACCACCGUGGGAGAUAUAUUCAGACAAGAUCAGAACCACUCCUGUGAGGAGGUUCCUCAGAUUUACUCAGACUGGAUCCAAAUUUAUGGCAACCAGAUGUCGUCCACACCUACCUCUUCUUCAUCCCUUCAUCAGCAGCCUGCUCCAAAACUGCUCCAAAGCUGUUCCAAACCGCCAGAUGGUCACCUUUGGGAUGAAGAGCAGCAGUCGGGGCCGAGAUUCAGCAGUUUCAUUACCGGCUCAUUUCCUCACCCCAUCAGCAGGCAGGGUCACCACCAUCCUUCCACCCGCUCAUACCAGGCAUUUAAAAAUUUCAAGCCUCAGAGCCUUGCUCCACCUGUGAACCAUCAGCCCAUGUACGGAGCCAGCACUGGAGGUAGAGGGCACAGUUCAGUGGACCAGGUUGUCCCAUCCCACCCUCAACCAAUGUACUGGGAGGUAGCUCAAGGGCAAAGCCAUCAACAACACCACCAUCAUCAUCAUCCACAAAUCGGACCUCAGACUUCCAUGGGAUACAUCUCAGAUCUGAUCUACAACGCUGCCAUUGUGACCAAUUUUCUUGAGUUCUAAUGACUGAUAAUGAGCAACAUGACCAUGAUUUGAACUGAAUGUUGCAGAAAUCAACAUGUUUAUUUGUCUGCAUCCUCUGUGUUGCCAGUGCUGAUUUUAUACCAGACUAGAUUGUUAAAAAGUACGGUUGUUGUUGUCUGUCAAUAUUGUAAUUUUUUUGCUGUUUUAUAAUCAGUAUGAAAUAACUUAGGACAUGUUAUCAAAUUUCUCAUGUAAUAGCUACUGUUAACUGUAUCUUUGGUUUUACAUAUGUAAUUUAUUAAACCAGGUUUAAUUCUUA